AUUAUCGAGUACGGAGUAGUAUGGUGAUUCAUCUCAAACCCGAACCGUGAACCCGAAUUGACGUCAGAGGGUUGAGACUAGUCCUUGACUGGUAUUUCUCUGAUAAACCCAAAGAAGCAGAAGAAGAAAAGAAAGUAAAAUGGGGAAGAAGAAGAGCAGCCAAAACCCUAAACCCCAACAAGAAGAACUGCUAUCAACCUUAGGAGACUUCACCAAGAAAGAGAAUUGGGACAAAUUCUUCACUCUUCGUGGCUCCGAUGAUUCCUUCGAGUGGUACGCCGACUGGCCUCAGCUCAAACCCCCUCUUUUCUCUCUCCUCUCUCCUUCGACAUCGACAUCUUCUUCUUCAUCGUCGGAGAAUUUGCAGAUUCUUGUCCCAGGUUGCGGCAACUCCCGCCUCUCCGAACAACUCUACGAUGCCGGGUUUCACGACAUUACCAACCUCGAUUUCUCCAAGGUUGUCAUCUCCGACAUGCUCCGCAGGAAUGUCAGAGAUCGACCCCACAUGCGUUGGCGUGUUAUGGACAUCACUUCCAUGCAGUUUGCUGAUGAGACUUAUGAUGUUGUUCUGGAUAAGGGGGGAUUGGAUGCGUUGAUGGAGCCAGAGUUUGGUUCCAAGUUGGGUGAUCAAUAUCUAUCAGAGGUGAAGAGGGUCUUAAAACCGGAAGGGAAGUUUAUCUGUCUCACAUUAGCAGAGUCUCAUGUCUUAGGCUUACUUUUCCCCAAAUUCAGGAUUGGGUGGAAAGUGACUCUUCAUUGCGUACCUCAGAAACCGUCUAGUAAGCCUAGCCUUAGUACAUUUAUGGUGGUGGCUGUUAAAGGCGACUCUUCUGUAGUGGACAAAAUAGUGUCAUCUUUUGAUCAUUCCUCAAUUGAUUGCAACAAAGAACAGAUUAAAGGACUCAAUGCUGCUCUUGAAGCUGAAAAUGAAGUUCGCCAAGGACAUUUGGAUGGCUCUGAUUUAUUAUACUCUCUUGAAGAUCUGAAACUAGUGGCUAAGGGUGAUAUGAUGGAGCUUAGUCCUGGUCGACGUGUUCAAUUGGUCUUGGGUGGAGUUGGCUCCCUUUUUCGUUAUAGAGCUGUGGUUCUAGAUGCUCAACCACAGUCUCUCCCCUUCUCAUACCAUUGUGGAGUUUUACUUGUGCCAAAGACUAGGGUUCGUGAAUGGCUUUUUACCUCAGAAGAAGGACAAUGGAUGGUCGUUGAGAGUGCUAAGGCUGCUCGACUGAUAAUUAUUUUCUUAAACUCCAGUCAUGCUAACCUUGGGAUGGAAGAAAUUCAGAAAGAUCUUUCUCCUCUCGUGAAGCUGUUGGAACCUGAGAACCAUGAUAGUGGCGCUCAAAUUCCGUUUAUGACUGCUGGUGAUGGUAUUAAGCACCGGAAAAUUGUUCAUGAGGUCACUUCUAAAUUAACUGGGCAAAUAGUUGUUGAGGACGUUAUUUAUGAAAAUGUCGAUGAAAAUCUUGCUUCCAUCUGUCCAUCAAAGGAGCCUGUAUUCCGUCGACUUAUUUUCCAAAGGACUGAGAGUCUAGUUCAAUCAGAAGCAUUGCUACUUAAUGAAAGAUCUGAGGUAUGUAAUGAUGUAAAUGGAAGGAAAGAAUCUCCCACAACUGCGAAAUCUAAUUUGAAAGAAAAGGAGAAGACAAAGAAAUCUCAACAGUCUAAGAUAGAUGAGCUGAACAACAAUGUGGUAGUUGAUCACACCUUCGUGGCUAGCUCAUACCAUACUGGAAUUGUUGCUGGAUUCACGCUGAUCUUACCUUACUUAGAAAGUAUGGUAUGUAGCAAGAAAAAAGUUGAGACUGUUGUAAUUGGUCUUGGAGCUGGUCUGCUUCCAAUGCUUCUCCACAACUGUAUAGACUUUCUUCAAAUUGAGGCAGUUGAAUUGGAUCCGGUGAUGUUAAGUCUUGCGAAAGAAUACUUCGGUUUUUGUGAAGAUGACCGUUUAAAGGUUCACCUUGCUGAUGGCAUUCAGUUUCUCCAAAAUUUUACCAUUUCCAGUCUCCAAGAAAGGGAUGAUAUCCAAGACAGUAUUAGUGGCAGUUCUGUAGCAUCUAAUUUAAGACGCCACCCUGUCCAGAAAUUUGACAUAAUUAUAGUUGAUGUAGAUUCAUCAGAUUCAAGCUCUGGACUUUCUUGCCCUGCUGCUGAUUUCGCUGAAGAUUCCUUUUUUGCUACUGUAAAGGAUGUCCUUUCUGAGCAGGGGCUUUUCAUCAUUAAUUUGGUCUCAAGAUCUCCAUCCAUAAAGGAAGUGGUUGUUUCAAGGAUGAGAGCGGUUUUUAGCCACCUUUACUGCCUUCAACUUGAGGGAGAUGUGAAUGAAGUCGUAUUUGCUGCUAACUCAAAUAUGUGUGUUAUGGAUAAUAGCAUUUCUGAAGCAGCACUCCAGUUUCAGAAGUUGUUGAAGUUUGAAAAUCCAGAGCGAAGCCAAGGCAUUGUGGAUAUGGCUAAGCAAAUUAAGCGCCUAAAUUGAGACUAGGCUCAACAGAUGAAAUUUCACUGAUGGUGAAGCUUCUCAAUAUUUGGUCAAAUAUGGUCCCUUUGGGCAAUGGGAAUCAAAGUGGGUUAAAUAUGACUCUUCCAAUCAUAGACUAGAAAAGUAAUGAGUUUUGGAAUCGGCUUGGAGGAUGAAAUUGCUCAACCUAUAUGGUUCCAGUGACUAGGAGUGGAGGACUUAUCAAGCACGCAAACUCAAAAAGAGGGGAAGUUUGAACAAAAUAUCAGACAUAAGCUAAAGGGAUAUUGUAUGCAUAUCAUUGACAUCAAUGAGUUUUUGAUUUUGAGAACGAAUAUCAGUUUUUCAUACAGGUGAAUGAAAUGGAUUUGCUUUUACAUGUUCAUGGUGAUGGACGUAGAUAGUGUAUGUAGAUCCUUGGAUAUAUGUACUGUCCUCAGUCAUCUUUUCCAUUGGUAUUACAUUUGGCGAAAAUUUUGCGA